CCUUAUUGCUUGACAAAAGACUUCACUUGCGCAGCAGUGGCACUAUAAAGUUAGGCCUACACCUCCCUCUUUUUGUCUUAUCGUUUAAUACUUCCUUACUAUUCAUCUAAUAAUCGAUUUUUUUAGCGUCUUUCUUGUCUUUAUUUUGGCCUAACCAAGUAUUUGUAUUUAAGAUUUCGAGUGGUAUUUGGUUCGUUCCCAUUUUAAGCAUGCUAAACCACACUCAUUCUAUAAGUCGUGAAACGAUCCAUGGAAACGCAAUAUGCGAUCUACAUCGAAAAAAGUUUGUGAAUCUUUACCCGGUCGACGUCUGGAAGUCCAGUGGCUUUUUCGAUGACAUUGAUCUGAUGGAUAUAAACUGUCACUGGUUACAGUUUGAGCCCCCAACUCCAUCGUCACAUUUCAUGCUGGCCAUCAUUUACUCGGUUGUUUUCGUUAUUGGUUUCGUCAGCAAUACUGCCAUCGUCUACAUCCUUUUGAGUUCGAAAAAGUUGCUCACUCCAGCCAACAUUCUCCUAGUAAACCUAGCGAUCAGCGACCUGUUGAUCAUAUCAAUGAUUCCGAUCUUCUUGUACAACAGUUUUCUUCAAGGACCAGCCAUCGGUGGCCUCGGUUGCAAAGUGUAUGGAUUUCUAAGCGGCUUUUCUGGGACUUCUACGAUUUUAACGUUGGCAGCCAUAGCAAUCGAUCGCUACCUUGUCAUUAGCCGUCCGUUAGACCUAGCCAAAAAGCCGACUCGUACGUGGGCAUACGCUACCAUCGCAAUUACAUGGCUUUAUUCGGCCACCUUUGCUUCGCUGCCGUUUCUGGGUGCCGGCAAGUACGUGCCAGAAGGCUACCUCACGAGUUGUAGCUUUGACUACCUCUCGGAGGAUACUGGGACUCGCGUCUUUAUUUUUAUUUUCUUCGUCGCUGCCUGGGUCUGCCCAUUGACAAUAAUCACGUUCUGCUAUGCGGCAAUCGUUCGAGCAGUCUAUCGCGUCCGACAAAAUGUCACCCGAGUACCGACCCAACCCAUCGAUAAUAAGCAUCUUCAUCAAUGUAUACCAUCACCCCCUUCCAUCACUACAAACAGCACCACACGGAGCAAGAAAAUCAAUAAUCAACUUCGAGGUAUCAACCAGCCCAACGUUGAAAUAGCAAUCGCAAAAAUUGUUGCUGGAUUGGUUCUGAGUUGGAUAAUAGCGUGGACUCCAUAUUCCCUGAUUUCUCUGCUGGGCAUUUCGGGUCACACCGACCUUUUGACUCCACUCAGUUCGAUGCUACCAGCCUUGUUCGCCAAGACUGCCGCGUGCGUUGACCCAUUCAUAUAUUCCCUCAAUCAUCCCAAAAUUCGCCAAGAAAUUAUCUUCCGGUUGUACAAAUGUUUUAUCCAAUCUGCCGGGCGUCGUGAUGCAUCUUUCAAUUCAGACAUUCCUGAAUGGAAGAUGAGUGGCUCGGCGCGGAGCACUCGACAGCAGCUGAUCCAUCAGAGCAAUGCCCAACACGGACGCGUAGCUGUUUCAUUGGUUUCCUCCCGCCGAGUAUACAAGAGCCAACAAGGCGCCCUGUCUGGCGCGAUUGGAGGACGAGGCUGCAGCACUUGUGGAAAUGAAGAAAAGCGACGGAACAUCAGCGAGCUGUCCAACCGUGAAAGCCAUUCGGUUAACGCGGAACGAUUAGUUUCAGCAGACAUUAUCACUUGCAUGAUGAAUUGUAACCAAGAUUGCCAUUCGGGGAAAUUCCGCCGUCUCCUGUCAGAUAGUACGGAAAUGAGUUGCAAGUCCCAAAUUUUAACAGCUUUGGCUCAGAUUCACUCACCAAUUAAACCAAAUGUUAAAACUCCAUGUUUAAUGUCUACGCAACUUUAAUGAGCUUUAUUGUCGACGUCCUUUAAUCUAGGAUCAUAUUCUAUUUACUUGUAGUCUAUUUAUACUGAGUGCGUAGUAUGCAAGUAAUCACUUUAGAUGUUCUGUGUCUAUUGUGUAUACUUUUGUUUGCAACGUUUGCAAUA